AUGGGCACCCUAAUGACCCCCAUGGACACCCUGAUGACCCCCAUGGACACCCUGAUGAGCCCUGAGGACUCGGCCGCGGUGCCCGACCACUCGCAGCUCAAGCGCCAGGAGCUCCAGCCCGGCACGGCCUACAAGUUCCGGGUGGCGGCGCUCAACGCGUGCGGCCGCGGCGCCUUCUCCGACAUCUCCGCCUUCAAGACCUGCCUGCCCGGCUUCCCCGGAGCGCCGUGCGCCAUCAAGAUCAGCAAGAGCCCCGACGGCGCCCACCUGACCUGGGAACCGCCCUCGGUCACCUCGGGCCGCAUCGUGGAGUACUCGGUCUACCUGGCCAUCCAAAGCGGUGGCCCCACCACCGCCACGGGGGACCCCAAGGGCGCCCCGGCCCAGCUGGCCUUCAUGCGGGUCUACUGCGGGCCCAGCCCCUCGUGCCUGGUGGCCUCGGGCAGCCUGGCGAGCGCCCACAUCGACCACACCACCAAGGCGGCCAUCAUCUUCCGCAUCGCCGCGCGCAACGACAAGGGCUACGGCCCCGCCACCCAGGUGCGGUGGCUCCAAGGUGAGCGGCGGCUCCUGGGCUGG